AAUAAAUAUAAGCUGAGCAUACUUAUAUAAUUUACUCCUUUUCAGUCUCUUAAAAGCAAAAGAUACAAUGGUGGGCCAAACUAGUACAGAUGAACUGGCAAAAAUCCUGAACGAAAAGUUCACCAAUAUAUUUCGUCAUGGUUACGUGACCGUAAAAGGUGUAACAAUGCCCAAACGGUUCGAAGAAAUGCAGCAGGAAAUUGAAAAUUGGAGUGUCAGUGAGCAAGACGUGUGGAUUUGUAGUUUUCCCAAAACUGGAACCACCUGGUUGCAAGAAAUGGUUUGGAUGAUUGUUAACAAUCUUGAUUUUGAUGCUGGCCAGGAAAAUUUGGGGCACCGGUCACCGUUUCUUGAGGUUACAUCAUUGUUUGACUACAGACAGUUUAUGCAGAACAACAAGGACUUUCGUCCACCUCCCUUCAUCCAAGACUCAUUGGCCUACAUUAAGAGUAAAAAUGGUCCUUUGUGUAUAAAAACUCAUUUACCAUGGACCUUAUUACCAAGAGAAAUACAAACUGCAGCCAAAAAAACAAAGAUCAUAUAUAUUGCAAGAAACCCAAAGGACACAUGCGUUUCUUACUACCACCAUGCGAAAAUAAUGGAAGGCUACCGUGGAAGUUUUGAGGAGUUUUACAGGUUGUUUUUAGCAGGAAAACUAUGCUUUGCGCCAUAUUGGCAACACGUACUUGGCUACUGGAAUCGCAGAAGCGAGCCCAAUAUUCUGUUCCUCCAAUACGAGGAUCUGAAGAAAGAUCUACCUAAGGAAAUUCGGAAAGUCGCCAACUUCCUUAACAAACCUUUAUCGGACGAACAGGUGGAAAUAUUAAACCAACAUUUAAGUUUUGAAAGCAUGAGGAACAAUAAAUCGGUCAAUUACGAGAUGAUUCAAGAGCUCAACAAGAAGUACAACUUGACUCAAGGUGAGGGGAUAUUCAUGAGGUCUGGACGAGUCGGUGAUUACAAGGCGCACAUGACCGACGAGAUGAUUCAACAGUUUGAUGAAUGGACCAAGAAAAACACUGAAGGAACUGGUCUAAAUUAUUAAUUAAUUGUGCUGAAUUU